AUUCUUGGUGGUAAAGAUAGACUGGUCACAGAGUUAUUAAAAUAUGCUAAAAUAAUUGCUAAGAUAUCUAAAAAGCAAACGAAUAUUGAAAUUUUACUAGUAUUUAUUAGCUGGCUAGAUAUCUCAUGCCAAGAUUCACAAGUUCAGGCCUAUCUAAAUAUAUUGUUCAAAAAGUUCAAACGAUCUAAAAGCAUAGAUUUAACUGAGAAUUUUAGAGUUAAGGAAGUAGUUAAGGGUUUAAAACUAAUAAAAGCACAAGACUGGGAAGCACUAUGGCCUCAGGACUUAUUUUCAAUAACUGUUUUAAAGUUAUACUAUAAUAAUUUACCAGAUUAA